ACUAAGACGUAGAGCAAACAAGAUUUUCUUUCAUAUCUCCAAAUUUUAUUUUAAGAUGGAGGAAAUAGAGAGAUGGGGUUAGAAAACAAAAUACUUCUGCUUUUUGUAAUGUUGAAGUUAUUGGAAAAUCUGGGUCCACACAUGAGAGCUUCAGUCCUACUGAAGACAAUGGCUCUUUAUCAGUUUUUAAUAGCAUGGUGAAAUGCCCUUUUUCCAAGUGGAAAUACAUUUGAGAAAGUACAUAACUAAUAAAUGCUUUGUUUUGGCUUUAGAUGAGUUGCAGAAGCAGUUCAUCAGUGGUGAUAUAUACAGUUUCAAAGGGCUUUUAUCCACUCGAGGGAAAAUCCUUCACAUCCUAAAGGAUGCCUUAAAUAAAUUUCUGCCUGUGAAUGCCCACCAGCUGGUAUCUGGGAAACUGCAUGUUAUCCUCACCCGCGUGCGUGACUGGAGAAGCGUGACAGUUUCGGAGUUUGCCACAAAGGAGGACCUCAUUCAGGCCCUGUUAUGCAGCUGCUUCGUCCCUUUGUGUUUUGGCUUUCUCCCUCCUCUGUACCAUGGGGUGCGUUAUGUUGAUGGGGAACUCGGCAUGUGGAAGGCCAACUUCACAUCCCAGACUAUGAUCACCGUGUCUGCUUUCGCUGGCGAAUAUGACAUCUGUCCCAAAGAUUGCCCAGCUGCCUUCUUCAAUUUCCAAAUCUCUGAUUGUAUUUUACAGAUAUCAAAAAAAAACAUCUACCGUUUCCUGUGUAUUUUCCUGUGUCCCACAAAGCAAGUUUGUAACCAGUUUUAUGACGAUGGCUACCGGGACACAGUCACCUUCUUAAAAAACCUGAGUUUAUUUGGUAUAAAUUAUCUUGCUGAGGACUUAAAGCUUCCAUUGGACAAGGAAUUGUGUCAGAAAGGUGAAGGGACCCUGCACAGGAAGCUGGAAGCAAGAAUACUUCACUCCAGGGCCACAGACACUGAGGACAUCACCAAAGAGAACAUACUAGGCAUCCAGGCAGCACAUGAAGUAGAGGAGGAAGACCCACAACACCCUUUGCAACCACCAGAAAGGCUCCGCGAGCUGAAAACAUCUGGAAAGGGAGAGAUUCCCCUCAGUGGUUAUUAGUGAAGCCUUGCGCUGAGCUUGUUUUGGGUGAAGUAUGAGGGCAGGGCCUUGCCAGCUACAGAAGAUUUUUCCUAAUGCAUCUGCUGCCUUUGACCCCCGUUUGUGUUUUAAAGAGAAGAGAGCAACUUGCAACCCAGCCUGCUGACACAGGCCAAGAUGCAUUGAAGAGCACACUGGCAACAAUGU